ACCACAUUUUAUUGCGCGGCAGGCAAUCAAGUAAGAAGCUCUUCUUUUUUUCUCCCAGGUGGAAUUUUGUGGGGCUUUUAUUUUUCCCGCAGGAAGUCAGCUUCUAGUAGUCAAGCAUGUCGGAGCCAGCAGAGCUGCUGCUGAUCAAGGACCAGUACGAGCUGGCCUUCCAGUGCCUGAGUCGGGGUGUGUCCCUGGAGGAGGGCGGUGACCGGGCCAAGGCGGAGGAGUACUACCUCAAGGGCCAGCAGCACCUCAUGCACGGUCUGGGGGUGCCCACCUCGGGGCCCCGUCACCAGGGGCCCCUGUGGGACCGUGCCAGGGAGCUGCAGAGGCGGAUGCAGGGCACCCUGGCCACCUUCAGCACCCACCUCUCCGGCCUGGACGCCUCGCACGCGCCCCCUGCUGGCCAGAGGCGGAAGCUGCUCAUGGAGCUCACCCCCAGCCUCUACCCGCUGGUGCCCGCCCACACCCCCAUCCAGCACCUCUACCCCUCCAUCCGUCCCCCCGCCAGCCCCCUCAACACACCCCCGCCCCUCCCGGCCAGGAGAGCUCCGCCCGACAUGUCCGAGCCCCAGGCCGAGCCCCGGGCCGAGUCCCAGGCCCUGCCCCCGGUCUACACCCCGCAGCCCGCAGACGGACACCUCAGUCUGGCACACACCCCGGCACAGGGGGAGUGGAGAGGAGCCGAACUGGAGAACCGGAACGAGCUGCUGCUGAUCCCCUCGGGGGUGCAGAUGUUCUUCGUGGCGCCCGGCGGGCAGGUGAGCGCCCUCUCCCAGCCCGGGUACCUCCGCAUCAUCGCCUUCGACGCCCAGUCCCAGGACCCGCCCGGCGGACGUGGGCCGGUCUUUAUGGAUGUGUGUGGCUGGUUGUACUCCCUCAGCCCCUCCAUGCCGGUGCUGCUGGCCCCCUCUGACAUCUUCAUGUUCCCUGACACUUUAGCACCUGUGUCAGGUGCAUUUGUGGGCGUGGUCUUGUCCUCCCAGCUUCCUGCUGCUGACACAGCCAUGUUCCAUGACCUCAUCAAGCAGCUCACUGACUUCAGGGUGCAGAGGCCAGACGACGUGGGGUCAGGGGUCAUCAGCCUGAGUGAGACGGUGCCCCUGGGCCCCCAGGUCAUGUUGCCGGGGGCGACGGUGAAAGAAAAAGCACCGCUGCCCACCUGGAGUGAGAAGAUGGGCGGGGGCAUCUUGUCAGGAGCGACCGUGUUGGGUCAGGAGGUGGUCAGAGGGGCGGAGGCCACCUCCAGGGUCAUCAGCCAGGGGGCGCUGAAGAUCCGGGCCCGCCUCUCGCCGGAGGACACGCCCUCCGAGGUCAGCCCGCACCUCUCCAGGAGCCUGCAUGUGGCCAAACAGGCCACAGAGGGCGCCAAGCGCGUCAGUCAGUUCCUAGUGGACGGCGUGAGUACGGUGGCAGAGCACCUGGCGGAGAAGGUGGCCCCUCACCUGAAGAAGCACGGCUCCAAGAUGAUCCCGGAGUCCAUGAAGGGCAAAGAGGGGGAGCCGUCCAAUAUGGAGGGGGCCAAAUUUGUGGCCCUCAGCAGCUUACAAGGUUUCAACGCCGUGUGGACCAGUCUGGAGACCAGCGCCAAGCUCAUCGGCAGGAGCGUGUCGUCGGAGACGGUGCAAACGGUGACGUACAAGUACGGCGACGAAGCGGGCCAGGCCACCGACACGGCGCUGCGGUCGGCCACCAACGUGGUCGUGACGGCGCACAACGUCGACAAUCUGGGCAUCAAAGCCAUCCUGAAGACCACGGGCAAGGAGGCGGCCAAGGCCAUGGUCAAGAAGAAGGAGGGGGCCCAGAAGGAGCAGGAAGUGCCGCCGGACCAAGACCCGAAGAAGAAGAAGAAGGUGGAAGAAGGCAAGAAAUAGACCUUGGUCAAAGUGGACUCCCACAGUCCUUUCUGUCAUGGAAAUACAUCUCACAUUAUAUUUAAUAAAGCCACAAUUAAGUGGAAUAAAAGUGCAAAGAGGUGACUUAUAAUAAGUAAUAAUAACACAGACUGGCAUCGCUCAAAAAAUAAUAAUGAAUCAAAAUCAAUGUUGUUAUGAAUUAUUGACUUAUUGAAGGCUCCAAUUAGUUUGCAUUAAAUAUUACACUUUGACAUUUUUUUGGGGCAGGAAAAUAUUGCAUAUUUUGUGUGUUUGACAUAAAAACACUAAGUUUUAUUUGACAAAAAGGUAUAAAACAAAAACAUAAAAAAGUAGUAAAAGCUUAAAAUUGACGGAUCGAUCGGAAGUUGGUAAAAAAAUAAAAAAAAGACUUAUUUUAACAUCUUGAGUGGGAACUUUUUGGAUUCCCAAUAAUUUUUGUGGUUUUUUUCCCUUUAAAACUGUCAUUGUUAAUAAAUAAUAAUGAAUCAAAAUCGAUGUUGUUAUGAAUUAUUGACUUAUUGAAGGCUCCAAUUAGUUUGCAUUAAAUAUUCCACUUUGACAUUUUUUUGGGGCAGGAAAAUAUUGCAUAUUUUGUGUGUUUGACAUAAAAAAACUACAUUUUAUUUGACAAAAAGGUAUAAAACAAAAACAUAAAAAAGUAAUACAAGCUUAAAAUUGACGGAUCGAUCGGAAGUUGGUAAAAAAAUUAAAAAAAGACUUAUUUUAACAUCUUGAGUGGGAACUUUUUGGAUUCCCAAUAAUUGUUGUGGUUUUUUUCCCUUUAAAACUGUCAUUGUUAAUAAAUAAUAAUGAAUCAAAAUCGAUGUUGUUAUGAAUUAUUGACUUAUUGAAGGCUCCAAUUAGUUUGCAUUAAAUAUUCCACUUUGACAUUUUUUUGGGGCAGGAAAAUAUUGCAUAUUUUGUGUGUUUGACAUAAAAAAACUACAUUUUAUUUGACAAAAAGGUAUAAAACAAAAACAUAAAAAAGUAAUACAAGCUUAAAAUUGACGGAUCGAUCGGAAGUUGGUAAAAAAAUUAAAAAAAGACUUAUUUUAACAUCUUGAGUGGGAACUUUUUGGAUUCCCAAUCAUUUUUGUGGUUUUUUUCCCUUUAAAACUGUCAUUGUUAAUAAAUAAUAAUGAAUCAAAAUCAAUGUUGUUAUGAAUUAUUGACUUUUUGAAGGCUCCAAUUAGUUCACAUUAAAUAUUACAUUUUGACAUUU